AUGACCUUUUUCUUUCCGAGAAUCAAUUUAGACCCGUUCCAGUCUUUACGGAUUUCUUGCAAAACAGGUGUUCUUACAUCAUCAAGACCCAACACAAAGGUGUAUUUGUAUGUAUCUAGAGCUUCUCUGAUUUCAUCGAAAAUUCUCUCCUUGUUCUCUCUACCCUUGGAAUCAGUCUGGGCUAAAGUCACUAACUUGGAUCUCUUUGAUCUAGGCAUGGUAUUCGGUGUGGUGUUUACAGGGCUUCUUUUAAAUAAAAAGUUAUCUACAAUCAAAGUAAAGACGAAUUUUUUUUUCAUGAAAAAUUUUAAACUGAGGAAAAAAACAGCGGUGAAAAAAAAAAAAGAUUCAAAACAAAAAAGGAAAAUCCUCAGAGAGAGAAAAAAAAAACAAAAAAAAGGCUCAGCGGUAUCUUGUCGAUGUGUGUGUGUGUGUUUUUUUUUUUUUUUUUUUGGUUUUCUAAUGGACAGUUGCAGUUCUCGAAGGCGUUUCAGAGAGACUACUGAUUUGGUUGUUAGAAAUAUAUUCCGGAAGAAACCAACAGACAAAUCCAAUAGACGGUCAGAGGAAAGAGAGAUAAUUGAAAUGGUGGAUCGUCCGAAAAAAUCCCCACGUUCUAAUGACAGCGAUAUUGAUCUAAGCGAUGCAGAUGAUGGACAUGGUUAUGACGAUGAAAUGAACGAUAGUGACGAAGAAUCUGUUUUACAGAGGUUGACGGGUAAUUACAGGCGAUUCUCGGAGACACAAAGAUUUAGAGAGAGAGAGCAGAACAAUGCAUCGUUGGAUAUUGAUGGCCUUGAAUCUAAUGUCCCCAUACAUGCGAGAAACCUGAAUGAGUCGUCGUUUGAUGACGACAUAGGUCUAGAUGAUGAAGACAUGGAUGCGUUCCUUGGGGAGGAGUCUGAUGAUGAAAACCGUGAUGUUGGAAGUGCGGAAGAAGGACGAGAGGACCACGAAGAAGAGGGAGAAGAGCAGCUACAACGGGGCAACGAGGAGGAUGAAAUUGACUCGUUUGAGAAUAGUUCAUUUGCUCAUUCAGCGGCUCUAGCAAUGCUUGCCAAUGCCUUGUCAUCAUCAGGAAGAACAUCCGAUGAGGUCUCCGAAUUGGAGCACUUUAUCAAUCAAACAAGAGGUCGUAGUUUUCCCUCAAAUAAUCAAAACAGUGUUGAAGGUAGAAAUCUAAGUGAAGGUGAAACCAGAGAAAAUUCAAGUAAUCGCCACGGAAACCAAAGCCCAAAUAUGUUUUUCAUGAACUCUCUUUUGAACCAUGUAAUACCACACAGAUCUUCAAGAAUCGCUGGGCUAAUAGAUGGUUUAAAUACACAUGAUAAUGCAUACUUGAUAAUGGAAACAUUGAAUGAAAUAUCAUCCAGUUUACUAAUGAUGUCCAGUAUACAAUCCGAACGCCAGGUUCCUACAUUCAAGUUGGCAGAGGCUUUGGUUCGUGUUAUAAAUGAAUACCCAGAUGACUUGGAAUUACAGCUAGUUGGCUGUAGGUGUAUAUAUAACCUUGCAGAAGUUAAUUUCAACUGCAUUUCUGAAAUAGUGUCUGCUGGUGUUAUUGAAACCUUGAAUGAGAAGUUAUUGGAUUUAAGCUAUAUAGAUAUGGCAGAACAGGCCCUGCAGGCGCUGGAGAUAAUAUCCAGAAGAGCCGGUAGACAGUGCCUAGUAAAAGGUUCUGUUCCAAUUGUCUUAGCAUAUUUGGACUUUUUCACGAUCCAUGCGCAACGGAAAGCUCUUCAAAUUUGUGCAAAUGCCUCUGUGAAUAUUCCGCAAACAAAGGCAAGCGAUGUUCAGACUGCGUUUGCGACAAUCAAGAGUGUUGCAACUACAUACCCUGAUCCACAGUGCGUGGAGUCUGCAUGGAUAUUUAUUGCCAAUACAAUUAAGAGUUUCCAAUAUACCCCAUCAUUAUUAACAAAUUUAUUAGACCUAGAAUUUCUUCAAAAGAUAUGCAAUAUUUUUCCUCUUGCCCUUGGCAAUGGCAAUCGAUCUUCUGGAUUGGUGAAGUUCAAGACCUGUAUUUUUCUAUUAAAUUCAUUUACUAUGUUGGCCAAUAAUUCAUCGAAAUUUUCAAAUAACUUAUUGACUGAAUGCGAUAUUGUUUCCAUGAUAACUAAAAGUUUUGCUUCAUAUAGUAAUGCCAUUGAUAGUAAUGACAUUGAUUCUCAAUCCAGUGUCUCAAUCGAUGUCCUACUAAAAUGCCCGAAGGAUUUAUUGAUUGCUUUCUUGAAGCUUAUUUCAGUAUUGUUACCACUAAAGGACAGUUCCACCAAAUUUAAUAACCACAACGAUGUUGGUAAUUAUACCCAGUCACAUCAAUCGGCCAAUCUAGAGAAGAUUAAAUUACUCGAAAGUGAGCAUAAUAAUAUGAACAAUUUCUUCAGUUCAAUCUUUCCCUUACUACUUAACAUAUAUGAUGCGACUGUGGAGUAUAGAGUCAGACGUCUUGUUUUAAUAGUAGUCCUAAGACUGAUCCAUCUAAUGGCACCAGAACAGUUAGAGAAGAUAGUUUAUCACUCUAAAAUUACGUUGACUCUAGCCUCUUCGAUUACCCAUGGUAAAAAUCUGUUCAAAAAUAAAGUAGGGAAGCAAAAAGAAAAAGAGUUGACUAGAAAUUAUUCUUUGCUGUAUGGAUCAUUGUUGAUAACGCAGAGUCUUAUUAAUUGCAAUCCUGAAGUCUUUUUGAGCGAUUUCAUGAAAGAAGGUCUGAUCUCGCAGAUGAAAGACCUAUCAGCUAUAUUUCAAUCUGAGUUUCAAAAUAUUGUUGAUCAUGACAUUGAAAGUAGUGCAGGCUUGUAUGAUUUUUCAACCCAGGAGAUAUCUGAUGAAAGCAGCAGUGACAACAUUGAAAUUGAUUACGAGGAAGAAGAAGAAGAAGAAGAAAGUGAUAGCUACGGCGGCGAUUACGAGGAGGACGAAAGUCAUGUACAUCAGGCUGAAAUCAAUGACUUGGAUAGUGCUACUGAAGGGUUAUCACAAAGAAUUCCUUACAAGAAUGGAACGGAAAACACUUCCUUAUUCAAGCAAAAAGCUUUUAGCAUCAUGGAUGAUGGCUUAGGUGAUCUCUCAAUGAGGAGUAUAUUAGACUCCUUAUCGGCAUUGUCAAUAUCUAUUCAUGAUGAUUAUGAUCGACUUUUGGCAUCGAACAAAGUUGUGAAGUCUGAAAACUUUCAGUUUCUGGAAAGUUUUAAGGAGAAGUUGGAUGCUGAUUUGGCACAAUUGAACAGAAGUGACUGGGAUCAACUAUGGUCAAGUUUUGCAAAUUCCCUACACCCAAAAGCAAAUGGUUCAGCAAUUUCAAGUUUUGAGUUAAUCUCAUCAGGGGUAGUUCAAAAAUUGGUUGAAGUUUUUGAAACCCAUAAAGAUCAUAACUUAGCAAUGCACAAAUCAUUUCAGCAUGUUUUUUGUUCAUCAUUCAGUCCGUGUGUCAACGAACAGGCCUCACCAUUAGCGUUUAUUGUUAAAGCACUAGAAGAAGCGUUAGAUAGAAACGAGUCUUUUGGAAUAGUUGGGUCUGACAGCGAUAUCAAUAGAACGCCAAAAUUUCGCACUGCAUCUAUGACAAAGCAAAUGAGAGUAAAGCUACAGCCUUGUGAUUCUGAUACUACGGGCCAAGUCCGGGGGUUCUUACUUGUUGUUCAUGCGAUCGCUACUUUUGAAACAAUUCAGAAUUUUAUCAAAUCUUCGAAAUCUAUUAACAUCAGAAAUACUACAAAUCUAAAUUCCUCAUCUCUUGAUGGUGACUUUCACUAUGAUUUCUAUUUAAAUGGGGAGAAAGUUCCAUCAGAUGCAACCAUAUAUGGUGCAAUUUAUAAAUCUCUAGAAAAUAAGUAUGCUCAACUUGGGUCAACUCGAGAAAAUAUCAUGAAAACAACCCAUGUGAUUCAAUAUAAAACAGUUCCGGGCAAGCUAGUACUAGAUGACAAUUCUGCGAAUGAGGAAACUUUAGUCGAUCCAUUAGAAAUUAUUGCUGAUAAGAAUAUUCUUAUGAUACUAAAAUUAUUGAAAAUAUUGCAUAGCUUUAAUUCGAAUAUUCCAAAUCCAAGCACAUCAGAUAACAUAUUUAUGAACUACAAAUUGACUGCAAAAUUAAACAGACAGCUAGAUGAACCAUUGAUAGUUGCAAGUGGAAUCUUACCUGAAUGGUCAGUUAUAUUACCCAGGGAAUUCCCAUUUUUAUUCCCAAUUGAAACGAGAAUCUUUUUCCUAAAGUCCACAUCUUUUGGAUAUUCCAGAUUGAUAGAUUAUUGGUUAAACCGUUCCAAAGAAGAAAACACAAACAAUAACCACUCUGGAAGAACCGCUAUGCUUGGAAGAUCAAUCAGACAUAAGCUACGUAUUUCUCGGGAACGCAUAUUUUCAAGUACUGUCAAAGUAAUGGAAUCAUAUGCUACAAAUCCAGGGCUACUAGAGAUAGAGUUUUUUGAUGAAGUCGGGUCCGGUUUAGGGCCAACCUUGGAGUUUUAUUCGGAAGUGUCAAAAAGCUUCAGUAGAGUAAAGUUGCACAUGUGGAGAAGCGAUCAAUAUUGUAAACAGCAAAAUACAGAUGUUUCAAAAGAUAAACAUGAAGUGCAUAUACACAAUGCUCACGGGUUAUUUCCGAGGCCACUACAUAAAAUGGACCCACAUCUUAACAAUACCCUACUUUAUUUUAAGGUACUAGGUAAGUUUUUGGCACGGUCUUUUAUCGAUUCACGCUUAAUUGAUUUCCACUUCAAUCCUCUGUUUUUUCAAUUAGCGAUGAAGUAUGCUUGCUUUGAACCUAUGAGGGUCAGCUUGGAAGAGUCCAUUGAACUGAUAAAGCUAAUUGACGAAUCUUUAUCGUCUUCUUUGAGGCACCUUAACUUAUACUUGACAGAAUUUAGACAUACCCCGGAAGAGGAGCGUGCAGAUUUCAAGAUUAUGGGUGCCACAGUAUCAGACUUAAUGUUAACUUUUGUAUUACCUGGUUAUGAAGAAAUUAAAUUGAUACCAGGAGGCGAUGAUGUUUCAGUAACAGCCGAAAACCUGGACUUAUACAUUAGUGCCAUUGUUGAGUACACACUUUAUGAUGGGGUUAGCCAGCAGAUCAAAUCAUUUGUCGAUGGUUUUUCGGAAGUUUUUCCCUUUAGUUCCUUAAAACUGUUUUCUCCGGAAGAAUUAACUCGCUUAUCAGGUAAUGCCGUUGAAAAUUGGUCAGUAGAAACUUUAUUAGCUGUUGUUCGUUCAGACCAUGGCUAUACAAAUCAUUCUCAACAAAUUGAGUGGUUGAUCGACAUUAUGUCCAAGUUUGAGAAAGAAGAGAGACGGAAGUUUUUGAAAUUCAUUACGGGAUCACCAAGGUUACCAUUUAAUGGUUUUAAGGGAUUAUCUCCACCUUUUACAGUUGUUUUGAAGCAUACAGAGGACAAUUUAAGACCGGACGAUUAUUUACCAAGCGUUAUGACUUGUGCCAACUACCUCAAGUUGCCAAGAUACUCUAGUCGUGAGGUUAUGCUUGCGAAAAUCAAACAGGCGAUGAAUGAGGGCACGAACGCUUUCCUCCUAUCAUAG